GGGAUGGCGAUUCUGUGGUGUCGCCCUCUGUCGGCAUUUACUGCAACUCAACGUUUCGUCCCAAAGUGAGGUCAACGAGAAAUGUCUUGUGGAUCAAAUUUCAUUCCGACUUUUCAGUGUCCAAACCUGGCUUCGAGGCGACCUACACUACAGGAAUCAUUCCCCAGAAGUUUCUCCUGACGACCAACACGUAUCUCCAUGCCAUUCACCGCAUGGACGUGGACACCGGAAGUAACUUCGUCAUCCCAAUAGACGGCCUGUCAAACCCUAUUGCCGUUGACUACGACCCAGUGGAUGGUCGAUUAUACUGGACGGACCUCGUUGAAAAGACGAUUCGUUCCGCAAACCUCGAUGGCAGUGGCGUGCGUCUCGUCCGGAAUCUCGGCCCUCAAGCAGUGCCGGAUGGACUUGCAGUAGACUCUCUCUCACGGCUAAUCGUCUACACUGACACAGGAAAUGACGUCAUAGCCCUGAUAGCCAUGAACAGCUACAACCACAGAGUUGUCGUCCAGUCCGACCUCGACGAACCCAGGGCCAUAGAACUGGAUAAACACAGUGGAGUGAUGUACUGGAGCGACUGGGGCGCCACCCCUAGAAUAGAGCGAGCCAACUAUGACGGCACUGGACGCAAGACUCUGGUGUCAGGGUUCCAGUACCUGCACUGGCCAAACGGUCUGGCUCUGGACACAGUCGCCGGCAGAGUCUACUGGGCAGAUGGAUAUACAAGUAAAAUUGGAUGGACGGACUUGGAGGGCACAGUUGUCUCCAUAGUGAUCUUCCUUUCAGGCACACAUAGAAUGUUUGGUCUUGACCUUCAUCUCAAUAACCUCUUUGUUACAGACUGGAGUGACACAAGUGUCCAGCCUACUACCACCUACAUCCACCGCAUGAGUGCUGACGGGACUAACAGGAAAACUAUUGGAGUUGUGAAUGGACGAUUAAACGACAUACACAUCUACUCGGAAGAAUUAGAGGAUAACGAUCCAAAUGGUUGCGGCAACAAUAAUGGUGGUUGCGACUACAUCUGUGUACCUGCACCCGGCAACACCAGUCAGUGUUUGUACCCGGAUGGUAUUGCCACCGGACACAUCAUCACCAGCGUCCCCACGGGCUCUAAGACAACCACCCGUAAUGACAUCAGAAUGACCAGGCCUGUCAUCAGUGUCACACCUGCUGGUCGGAAAGUCACAGCUGGCAGUCAAAGAUUUGCAGCUGCUGUCAACAAAGUCUUAGCUGCCAUAAGUAAAGGUCCAUCUGACAUCAACACACGUACACCCAGCAUCUCCAGAGUAAAAACUGUGGUCACCAAUUUCAGCAGGGACACAAGUACAAUCCACGUUUCAGAGGCUCCCAUCAUCAGUCCUCAACUUAUCAUAUUUGUCAUCGGCUGUAUUAUCGUCAGCGUUACAGCUGCAUCAUGCGUCACUUUCAUCAUCGUCUAUAAAAGACGAAAACGUGAUCAGAAUAGCCAUACGACUGCUGUGACCUCGGCACCGGAGGUUGACCGUCCAAGUCACAUAGAAGCGCCACCUAUAGACAUAUUCUCCACAGACUACCUGACUCCAGUCGCUGCUGACUCGAACUACGAAGAUGAGGAGCAUAUCUACCACGAGCUACACACCAUUUAUGACACUUUUAAGGCCACGUCCCGCGACAGUGGAGACUACCUGAAGCUUACGAAGUGACAACAGAUGUUGCACGUGCCCAAGACUGCGCCGGACUAGCUGCUCUUCGAUGUUUCUCUUUUUGUAAAGCAGCCGACAAAUAAAAAUGUGCUAAAUAUUUCAUUAUCCAUUGAACUAUUUUCUUCCUUUUUUGCGUAGAGUUAAUAACAUUAUUGAGAGUAAUAGUCUUUAUUUUGACUGUUAAUCUUCAUGCUACGUUUGGCCAUGAUGAAGGAAACGUUUGUCUUUUCUUGUCAUUGCACAUUGUCAUCCAAGAAAAAACUGCACAUGGAUAAAUAAAGUCAAAGCACAUUGUUUUCCUUUUUGUUAUUGUACAUUCUGCAACUAUAAAGCGACUCACGAACCAAGAUUUUCCUGUUUCUGUGUCUGGAAGUCCGAUACAGGGGAGAGUACUUGAAUGCACAGGAUCGAAAGAAGGUGUCUGUAUUUAUAUUCUGUUGCAUCAAACUGAAGGCCAGCUUUCAUGGUCCACUGCUUCUUCAUCUCAUGUGUGAUACAUCAACAUGUGGUAGUUGUUUCAUUGUUGUCUAAAUUAUUUUCUUAUCACAUGGUGCGUCUUGCCACUGAC